AUGAGCUUGAAAGAAGUAUUCGAACAACAUCCAUGGAGGUCAUUUAAGAAGUUCAAUGAAGCUGCAAAGAGUUGGGGAUUUACUAACAGAGCUGAAGUGAAAAGGUUCUUUGACAAAAAUGUUGUACAUCAAACAAAAAUAAACCCUUACGACUACUUUUUACCAAUUUACUCCAACACUCCUGACGCAUACCAAUUUGACACUCUCAUUCAAAGCAGAAAAGGAGGACAUAAACCAUUCCUCAUCUUCAUAAAUGUUAACACUCGUAAAGCAUAUGCAUAUCCAAUGAAAAAUAAAGGAACUCGUGAAGUGUU